AUGUGGCUUCAUUGCGGCAUAUUGAUCCACAUAUUUGGAUUUUUUCUCGCAAAAUCGUCCAACUCGUUCGACGAUGCUGCGGGAUAUUCCUCGUUCCUGGAAAGAAAAUUAACGUUAAAAUUAAAAACAGCGACGCGGUUAAAACAUAAUCUCGGAAAGGUUCUUCACGAAUUGCCGAAACAAAGUUAUGAGCUGCACCACUCUGUAAAGAUUAUCGAAGAUUACUUGAAGAACGAGGGUUCGCUGAUUGAAUGUCUCGAUGUCUUACCUUCCGUAAUGUACGCAUCUAUCGAAGAGCAAAUAGACGUUAUCCUCGAAUCCAUGGAAAAUCAUUUGCCCAAGUAUGUCUUGCCAGCGAUAUCCUUCAUCAGACGAUCCUUGUCAGAAGGGGUUUUAGACGCUGAUGAAAUCUACAGACCGACUUUUGGAUCACUGAAGGCCGAUCCAUUGGAAAAGAUCCCUUUGACAGAGCUGAAGAAAGCGGCCUCGUCUUUGACCUACCGCAAACAGAUCAAGGCUCUCGUGGGACCCUGGCCAAAAAUAAUCGGCGAGACAGCAUCAUUGAUCAAUGACAAUAUCAUCCCUCCGCGUCGCGAAUUGAUAGCUUAUGUGUUGGCGAAUCUGAGGAUAUCCGAUAUGACAGCAGAGAUGAGAGAAUCGAUCGCGUCUCUCGUUGAACACUUGCGAUCGCAUGGCGAGCGCAAAUUGACCGGCUUCAGUUUGUCAUCCGAUCCAUACACGUUGGUCGCCAACGCUAUCUCAAGUCUAUCUUUGCAGAACGAGACUCUGAUUGCCGUAAAUACAUUGUUGCCAUUUUUUAAAAAGCCCGCAGAAUGUCGGAAAUCUGCGGAAUUUGCCAGCUUCUUUCAGAAUAAUACAUUGAACUAUACUCUUCUGAUAUUAAGGGACAAGAUGAUAUCCAGAUCCAAAGCUGGUAUCAUGUUCUUAUCCAUGAUGAAAAAUAACUCUGAUGUACAAAACACUGUCGAGCGACUUUCGCCCUUCAACUAUGCGUCUUGGAAAGACUUGCUGUUAGCUUUCGUCAGCCAAUUCAGACGUCGGCAAGCUCAUCAAGAUAGAGUGUCGGACAUCGUGGACAGUGUCUACGGCGAACUGAUUCUGAGAAACGCUCGAAAGCAUUGGCAACUCCUAAGGAAUUCUAUUAUCGCUACACCAGUCCUCACUGCUAUAGCCAGAAGAGAGAAUUCCUCUAGGAUUCGAAGACUUCUUAUGGAAGUAGCUUCGGAUAGAAGCAUCAAAACGGAAGUCUGGCAGAAGGCUCUCGCUUUUGCAUCUUCAGAGGAUAUCGACGGACCAAUGGAUGCUGUUUUGAAAACGCUGAAGGCUUUAUUAGCUUCGGGACUUCUUGAUCAAACUGCCCUAAUGAUAAAUAUCGCCGAAUUAGUGACUACGUACGAUAAUAGAAUUAAUCAAGGGCAAACCGAGUGCGUCAAUCGAUUAGAAACUUACUUGACUAAUGUUACUCAAAUAGGAACUAAGAUAGAUAAAACGGUGGCGAUUGAAAAUGUUGAUAUCGAAGAUCUUCUUCAGGCUUUGCCUGAUUUGGAUGUUUACACAGACGAGUAUAGAAACUUGAUGAGUUUUUUGUCUCAAAAGGAUUUGGAAGCAAAAAUAGGGCGAGUAGACGUAAACGCACAUCCCACCAGGGGUAGGUUGCUAGCACAGUUACUGCAAAUGACAGAAUUUGCCGACGGUAUCGAUGAUAGCAUGCGUGAUUUAGCCAAGCAGUUCGUCAAUAAUGUGGCUUAUGAGGGCUACGGCGCUGGCGCUUUGCUAUAUCAGUCUAGUUAG